CAUUGCAACUCUCUUUCCCUCCUUUGCACACUUUUCUCCCUCGCCCCCCACCACCGGCUUCUGGGGGGGCCCGAGGAGAGAGCUGGUGACGCACGCAAAACCCCUUCGGCCUUGCAUCUGAAAUUGCCGCCAGAGGAAGGACGGAGCAAACCCAAAACCAAACCGAUUUGGUCCAUCCUUUGGGUGCCCUCGCCCCCUCCCCUCCUCCUUUCACCUCCUCCUCCGGGGGAAAUCACUUUGCUUUGCUCUGCGUGAGUCGGUAGACCCGUUCCCUGCUCACAGCGAGCUUCCAGUCUAGAGGUUCCCCGAGCCCCCGCCGAGCGUGCCAUCCCCUCCCCGGGAUCGGGGCCGGGCCCAGCCGGGCCGAUGGAUCAGUACGUCCUCUGCGACGACGGCCUGCUCUCGUCGGACAUGCAGCUGGCCGGGUUUCCGGAGAGCCAGGAGCUCAGCUGCCACGACACCCUGGACCACGAUCUCUGCCCCAGCGCCCGGGACCUGAUGUACACGGGGCUGACCGGCCUGGGCCUCGACCACGGCCUGCCCGACGUGGCCGGCGCCACCCUGGAGGGCAACCUGGACGAUGGGCUCACGCUCUUCUCCGUCAAGGACUGCCACGCCGGGAAGAUGCUCGACGACUUCGCCGACGGCGGAUCCCAGCUGCCUUUACCGGACCCGGGGCCGGCGGCCGGCAGGGCCCCCGGGGGAGGCGAGCGAGGCGGGCCGAGAGCGGACCCGACGAGGAAGGGGAGGCGGGAGCCGGGCGCGGCCCAGAACCCCUCGUUGGACUGUAGCCUGUGCGGAAAAGCGUUCAGCAGCGCCAGCUCCCUCAGCAAGCACUACCUGACGCACAGCCAGGAGAGGAAACACGUCUGUAAAGUGUGCGCCAAGGCGUUCAAGCGGCAGGACCACCUGACCGGGCACAUGCUGACCCACCAGAAGACCAAGCCGUUCACCUGCGUGGAACCGGGCUGCAGCAAGAGCUACUGCGAUUACCGCUCCCUGCGACGUCACUACGAGGUGCAGCACGGGCUCCGCGUCUUGAAGGAGCCCGCCGGCGAGGAGGCCGCCGGCCCCGGCGGCGGCCGCUCCCUGCGCCUGCGGGAGACGACGGGCCCGGCGGGGCUCCGGGGCCUGCGGGCGUUGGUGCGGGCGGGGGCCCGCUCCCCCGGGUCCGUCCUGCCCGACCGGGACCUGCUCAGGUGCCUGGUGAGCAGCCUCGUGGGCCCCAAGCCCCCGGCCCCCAAGGGGCCGCGGCCCCCCGCGGCCGACGGCGGGGGGCCCGGCCCGGAGCCGGAGGGCCCGGCCGACGCCGGGCCGCCCCGUCCCGCCGGGGACCCGCCUCCCUUCUCGCCGCUGCCCGGCCGGGGCUCCCCCCCGGGCCGCCGGGGCCGGAGGGUCCAGUGGGUGGUCAACUGGCCGGCCGGCACCGGGGGCAGAGGGGGCGGGCUGCUGGUGGUCCACGGGCCCCCCGUGGCCGCCCGGGCCCCGCCGGAGGGGGGCUUCGGGGCCCUCCCCGGCGGGCCCGGGCUCCACCGCCCGCCCGGCCCGCGCAGGGACCGGCUGGAGACGACGGACCCGUGCCGCACGGCCUCCCCCAGCCAGGUGGCCAUGGCUUCCUUCUCGGCGGCCGGGGCCACCGCCGAAGCGGCCUGGGCCGGGCGGCCCAAGCCGACCCUCUACGACAGGAUCCAGGGUGGAAAUGUCUCCAGCUUUCGUAAUCCAGAGAGAAAAGCCUUGUCACCUGAAGGGUCCAGGAUCGGCGGGGUCCCCCCGGCACGGCCGGACCCGGGCGGCGCUGCGGCCUGCCACGGCUGUGGCCGGCGGUUCUACACCGAGGAGGGGCUGAGCGGCCAUCUCUGCUUUCGCGGCGACCGAUGGCGGGCGCCCCUCGAGAGGCCAGAAACGCAGGGACCGUCCCCCUGGCCGGAAGGCGACGGAACCCGCGGCCCGGAAGGCGGCGGGCCUCGGGCGGCCCCGGCGGAGCCGCCCCCGAUCGUCGCGGCGGCCGGAGGCCCACCGGCGCGAGACGGGGCCCAGGUGGGUGGCCGGCGCCUGCGAGCUCGGUCGGGAGCGGGCCGAGGGCGGCGGCCUCGCCCGGGAGGGCCAAGAGACGCCCGCGGCCCCGAUCGCCGCCGGUCCCGUCGCCCCCGCCGCGGUCGCCCGCCCGGGGCCGGACAGCCGGGGACCGGCGGCUGCUACAAGAGCUGCCUGCGCUCGCCGCUCUUCCUCUGGGACCAUCUGCUGAGGGGCCUGUUGGAACAGUCCCCGUACACGCCGCCUCCCAUGCUCAGCCCCGUGCGCGAGGGCUCCGGCCUCUACUUCAACCUCCUCUGCUCCUCCUCGCCCCAGGCCGACCCCGGCAACCUGUACGGGAUCCUGCUGGAUCCAGUGGACGCCUCCCUCGGGAUAAGUAUUUUGAAGGAUGACGAUCCCAGAUCCGCCGUCCAACCGCGCAUCAACACGGGCAGCCGGUUUCAGGCGGCCCCCGGCCUCCAACACCGGUCGCUGGCCGCGAGGGACGAGCACACGGCCUCCUUAGUGUGGAAGCCCUGGGGCGACCUCCCCAGCAACCGGGAGGCUCAGAACAGAGUGACGGAGCUGUGCAGCACGGCGUGCUCCAGCGCGAUGCCCGGCGGGGGAACCAACCUCGAACGCCUCCACUGCCUGCACGAAGCCAAAGGGCGACACUCUGGAGGCCUGGACAGCCUGCUGAUUAAGGGGCCGCAGAAAUAGCGUCGCACCCUGGCCGACUACCAUUACACAGGUUCCGACGUCUGGACUCCCGCGGAGAAGCAGCUGUUUAGAAAGGCCUUCUACGCCCACAGGAAGGAUUUCUACCUGGUGCAGAAGGUGGUGAAGACGAAGAACGUCGCCCAGUGUGUCGAGUAUUAUUACAUCUGGAAGAGGAUGAUGAGGUUCGACUCCGGCAGAGCGUCGGGGAGGGAAACCGGGGUCAAGAAGGAACGGGACGAGGGAGAGAGGACGGCCAGAAAGGAACCCGAGUUUCCAGUCGGGGCCGAGAAAUCCUUCGGUCCCGUUGGGGUUUCAUCCAGGCCAGAAGCGGCUUCCGGCCGGCGCCCGAGCCCACCCGGGCCAGGGGCGGCAAGAGAGACAGAAGCUCCCGGCCCACCCCCUCCGCGGCCCAGCCGGGGGGCCGCCCACCGACCGCCCGGGGCCUUCCCGUGCCGCGAGUGCGACAGGGUGUUCGAUAGGAUAAAGAGCCGCAGCCACAUGAAACGACACCGCGUUCAGGAGGCAGCACGACGGAGUUCAAGGCCAAGGGGUCGGGGAAGCGCGGCAAGUCCUGCUGCGAGGAGGAGGCGGAGGCCGGCCCCGGCGCGCUGCCCUAGUGGCUCCGGCCCCGGGGAGCGGGAGAGGGGCCCCUCCGGUCGGACCCGGCCCGGAAGGAGGAGGACGGUCUCCCGGCCGACACGGCUCCGUCGGGCCGGUCCGUCUCGCCUCGGCCCCCGCCGGGGUCCCGCGAGGCCGAGCCGGCACCGGGACGCCCGGCCCCCGGGCGGAAUUGCUUAGCGACGCCGUGGGACCCGGGGGGACGCAGGUCGGAGGGCUUCCCGACGCUUCGUUCGGCGGGUUCUCCGCACGGGAGAGGUCUGAGGCGGGUCGGGGCGGCUUUGGCCUCUCAGCCCCGUUUCGGCGUUCGGCCACAUCCCCGGAGAAAGCCCGGACCCGAGAUGAUCGGCGGGGAGAGCGGAUGCCUUGGGAUCGUCUCGUUGCUUUUCUCCCGCCCCCGCCCCCACCCCCCGGCCUCCGAGGAGGAGGAGGCUCCGUCUCGCC